UUUACUUUGCUUAUUUUAAGGCAGACAGUAUUUCUUAAAUGAUUAGAAUUUAUUGGAAAUUUGAUUCAAGUUAGCAGGCAAACAAUAUGUUGCAUUAUAUCUGUAUCUGUAAAAGGAAGAUUGCAGACUUGAUCAUUCAUGGUGUCGUAAAGUUCACCAAAAGAAGACAGAUGUUUUCUAUCCUGUUUGUCUUGUCAGUCUUCAAUUGUUUUGUGUUUUGCUUUCUUUGGUUAUAUGUGUUCAAACAGACUGUUGUGUCUUGUCAGUACCUUGUCUUUACCAGGAUUUUCAAUUUCAUCUGUUACUAUAAUGCUGACAAAGCAAAAUAUAACAAAUUAAGUCCGUAAUGUAACAGCAAGGAAUAAUAUUGUAGGAAGACUGGAGAACUACUACAACAAUUUAUCUAAUCUGCGUACAGAGCUGAUUGCCCACUACUUGGUGUCCUUGGAUGAAUCCAUGGAUGAUAAUCAGAUUUUUGCAAUUACAUUUGAAGUGGAUGUUGGGACAGAGGUAUUUGAAGAGAUGAAGAAAUUUUACUUAUUGUCUUUGUCAAAAUCUGAAAAGGUUGACCUUGCCAUACAGCUAGUACCAAAACUGCCUAAGCCAUGUGAACUGAGAACAAAUGCUGUCUUCUUCACAGAAAAUUAUAACACUGUCUCUUGCCCAAUGGUGCCAUUACAACUGACCUUCAUUGACCUAGCAUUGCCAGUCCCUUGGGAACAGCUAGGUGUUACAAGUGUGCAAGAGAAACAUCUUGUAUUUGAUGCACUCUGGAAGAGAUUCACAACAGCAACAAAAAUAGCGGAUGGAAUCGAAUCCCUUCAAGUGGUGAAGUGCAUUCGGAGCAAAUUAAGAGAAACAUGGGGAUCCUUUCAUCUUCCAGAUCUCAAUGGUCAACAGGUUGUGACAGACAAGUUCAUCUUUUUCCUACCACCUUCAUUCCACUUGGUGUUCAAAGUUUACACAGAAAAUCAAAAUGAAAACAUAAACAUGGCAACAGAUUUCUGGAAAAUUCUUCCAAAUGUCAGUGCCUAUUUGACUUCACUAAGUGACUGAGCACUUUCAGUUGUGUACUUGGUUCACCAUUUGGGGUUUAGUGGGGUGUUUGUUUAAAGUUCGCUUUGUGCUGGUUUAAUACAAUUUUACUACUUGCACUGCAUCUAAGUUAUUUUAACUUGUACUCAUUUUAAAUAGAAAAUUGAGUUAAUUUUGAUUACUCCCAAUUUCUGAUAUUACUUUUAAAAUAUUUUGAUUCUACUGAUUCUACCUUUACAAUUUUGCUUGUUUUUAUAACAUAUUCUUGUGGGAAAAUAUUUUAUAAAAAUUUCCAUUUUCCACAAGCUUUUUUUUUUUUUUUAAACUGAAAGUAGUCCAUCAUCUAGGAAUCUCUUUGAAUGGUUCCUUUUACAUUUAAGUCAGCGGUUCACUAACUGUUCAUCAAAACUCACAUCUACUCCUGCCAGUUUUCUGCACAGAAUUUAUUGUACAAUAGUGAAAUAUGAUGCUUAAUCCAAGUCAAACAAUAGAAAACACCAACCGAUAUAAGAAUAAAAUGGGGACAUAAAUGUAAAUAUUUCUAAUAUUUUAACUCACCAACUGCAAGCAUGCUAAGAGAGUUCGGCUUUAGCUUUAGAUAGCUGUGAUUUCAUGUCUGUUUGUAUUUUAAUAACCUAUAAUACAGCAUUACUAGACAGUGUGACGUCUUACAGUCAAAAGCAGAAAAACAAGAGCAUGUGGCCCAUACUUUUUAUGAUAUUUACAGAAGUAAAUCUUUUAAAAGUUAAAUUUGGAUACACAACAAAAAAUACUUUUAAAGCUUUAAAAAAAGAUUUAAAUGACAGAAAGUAGAAUUAUGCAGCAUCUUACAAGAGCAAAAUGAUGUCAUAUUAUGUGUUUCCUCAAAGACCUAACCCGGAAAAAAGCCCUAAAAUGAUUUUUUCAGGAUGGCUGACCCCCAACAUAAGCCCUAUUUAAGAUCAAAAGCCAGGCAUUUGUCUGUUGAAACACGUGACAGAUGUUUUGAAUUAUAAAAGUAAUGAUUAAUGAAUAAUAUAUUAUUGCUUAAAAUAAACGAUAAUAUAAAUUAUAAUGGACAAUAAUUCACUGGGAAAUGGGGUCUCAAGAAAUUCAGUAUUUUGCGAGUUAUGACUGUUCCAGUGGGAAAGAGCUCUAUAAAUGUUCAUUAUUAAUUAAAGUUAUAAAGUUUUGAUACCAUUUCAAGGAAGCUAUUUGCGCUUACUUUCAACAGUAGUGUCAUGACUAAAGAAGUACAUGUUUCUUCAUCUCAGCACAACUAGGGCAGACAUUAACUGAAAUUUCAGUCAGAAGUCUGAAGAUGUCAUGCCUCAUUGCAUAGCUUUAGUAAAUUUAACUGUUUUCCAUGUUUAUAAGGGAUAUAAAUGGUUGUGAAAUCUAGAUACAAACUAAGCUACCUUGCAGAUUAACUUUUGAUGUUAUGGUUGAUACCAAAAAUACAUCGACAUGUCUGUUAACUCAGGAUUUUAGCAAACACAUAUCACAUUCUGCUUCAUCAUUUAUAUUGUCACAAUUUGUGACCUGGUGAUACACAUUAAACCCACAUGAAAAUUGUAUUCAAGAACAUGCAUGUGUAUGAAACUAAUGAUGACACUGUGCAUGUGUCUAUGAGAAACAGGAGUAUGGAGAGAGUGCAGUGUGUGUGUGUGCACAUGUAUUUUUUCAUCAGUAUGUCUAUGAAAAUUCAAAACGAUUUCUUGCUUUCAUACAUUUCUAGAUAUUUUUUAUAAAGAGGUGUGCAGUCAGUUUUAAUAGUGGUCUUGACAUGUAGAUAAGCUCCAUGUUUCAGACGCUACACUAAUUAUGUGCAAUACGUUGAUACUUUACAGUCAAUGAACAAAAAAAAUGUACUGUUUUGAGAGAGAACAAAUAAAAUUCAUGGCAUUUCUUCUCAAAUG